AUAGACAUUUGAGCUUGACCUGGCAACCUGCGUAUCAUAAAUCCCAUUCGAGCAAGCGUCCGUCUGUAUUUAUAGGCCAUUUUGAAGCGGGGCAUCAAGCAAAGAAAUAUUUAAUAGUUGCAUAGAUCUCCAUGCACCAUGAGGAGUGCUGAGGUGAAGAAACUGAAAGUGAACGAGCUGAAAGAGGAGCUGCGUCGGCGAUCCCUGGACACCAAGGGGCUGAAGGCUGACCUGGUGGAGCGGCUCAAGGCGGCUCUGGAGGCGGAAGCUGCGGAGCCCGGGGGAGCUGCAAGGGGGACACCGGAGCCGGAGCAGGCAACACCGGAGGAGGAGCCGGAGCAGGAGCCGGAGCCGGAGCAGGAGCCGGAGCAGGAGCAGCGGGGAGAUGGAGAGGGGGGAUUCUCAGCCGGGUUGUUGGGGGAUAAAGGAUUCCCGAACAAAGAUUCUCUAGACAUUGGUGCAGGAGGAGCCCCUGGGGAGGAGAGCAGGGGGCUGGAGAGAGAAGAGUCGUCUGAUUCUGAUCUGGGCUUCAGCGUGCCUGUCUUCACUGCAGACGUCUCUCUCCCUGUCCCUGUUUUCAAGACAGAGGAGACGCAGUCUGAGGAGAUCAAAUUAGCCCUGGCAGAGCAGCGGCAGGGGCAGUCUGAGAGGAAGCAAGAGUAUGAAGUGAAGGUGGAGGUGAAGAAAGAGGAUGAGGAGAAAAAGGAGGAAGAGCAGCAACGUGAUCAGGAGCAGCCAGACCUGCAGCCGCAGCCAGGGGUGGGGCCAACCGACAAAUGGGAGGAGAAGGCGGAGGAGAAGGCGGAGCAGAAGGCGGAGCAGAAAGCGGCGCAAACCAAGAUGGAGGAGGGAGACAGACAGGAGGGAGACAGGCAGGAGGGAGACCGACAGGGACGCAAGAGACCACAUGACGAGGACCGGGGCAAUGGCUACUACGAGCACCGUGACGACAAGAGGUCCCGGUCGCCCCAGCCCCCUGCUGAAGAGGAGGACGAGGACUUUGAUGACACUUUGGUGGCUCUGGACACAUAUCUUUGAGGAGAUAGCUGUGAAGCACCUCCCGUCCUCUGAGCCUGAUCCCCAUGUGGUCCGGAUAGGAUGGUCCCUGGACUCCUGCAGCACACAGCUGGGCGAGGAAGCGUUUUCGUUUGGAUACGGAGGAACAGGAAAAAAAUCCUCUGACUGUAAGUUUGAAGACUACGGAGAGAAGUUUGGAGAGAAUGAUGUUAUCGGCUGUUUCAUUGACUUCGACGCUGGCGGUGAGGAGGUGGAGAUAGCGUUCUCUAAGAACGGGGUGUGGCUAGACGUGGGGUUCCGGGCGUCGAGGGAGGAGCUGGCGGGACGCCCCCUGUUCCCCCACGUCCUGGUGAAGAACUGUGCCAUCGAGUUUAACUUCGGCCAGAAGGAGGAACCCUUCCACUCCCCUCCGGAGGGGUUCAGGUUCAUCCAGACUCUGGGUAUUGAAGACAGGACUAGAGGGGCUGUAGGACCAGCCAGCAAGGCUGACUGUGAGAUCCUCAUGAUGGUGGGUCUGCCAGCCUGUGGCAAAACCACCUGGGCCUCAAAACAUACUGAGAGUCACCCUGAGAAGAAAUACAACACCCUGGGAACCAACGCCAUCAUGGAGAAGAUGAAGGUGAUGGGUCUUCGUCGUCAGAAGAACUACUCUGGUCGUUGGGAAGUUCUGAUCCAACAGGCCACUCAGUGUCUCAACCGCCUCAUCCAGAUCGCCGCGCGCAAGAGGCGCAACUACAUCCUGGACCAGACAAAUGUAUAUGGAUCAGCCCAGAGACGAAAAAUGCGUCCUUUUGAGGGGUUUCAACGCAAGGCUAUUGUAAUAUGUCCCACGGAGGAGGACUUUAAAGAGCGAACGUUAAGACAAACUGAUGAACAGGGGAAGGAUGUGCCAGAUCAGGCUGUGUUAGAAAUGAAAGGCAACAACCGUGGCGGCUACAACGGCAACCGCUGGGGUGGGAACGGUAACUACCGUGAGGGGGGGUCGGCCCCGAGGGGAGGGUACAACCGCAACCAACAGUCAGGAGGCUACAACCGCCCGGCGCCCUACAGCAAGGGGGGAUACAACCAGGUAACCAUGGAUACACCUGCUUAUGCCCAGCAGUGGCAGCAGUACUACCAGAACCAGUCUCAGUGGAACCAGUACUAUGCCGCCCAGGGCAGGGUCAGGGUUCACAGGGGCAAAGGUCAGUGGGCAUCAGGUUCCUCCAGUAACCUCUGA